UGGUAACGCGUUUUUAGUAAACAGAAGUCUAGAGCUGCAUAUAAUAUUUUAGGAAAAUUGCAAUAUUUUUUUAAUUAUUUUUAAUAACUAUGAUUCUGUCGCGUUCAAAACCGGCGACGGACAGCCGUGGCAGUACUGGCAGUAGCUCUGCUAAAAAGAACUUCCCCGAGCUGGAAGAUUUCAUACUGAAGAGGGAUUAUGUUGGAGCACUCACCAUGCUCGAGUUUCUCAAACACGAAGGCAACACAGAGAUAUGGGCGGAGGUGUGGGCGGCGUGGUGCUGGUUCCACUUGGGGGAAUAUAGGCAAGCGCUGGAGACCUACGAGCGGGUCAAGGGCCUCGGCAACUUGGACUCAAGGGUCGCGGACAACAUAGCUAUGGACCUAGCCGUGUGCUAUUUUUACUUAGGUAUGUAUAAGGAGUCCCAGCAAGCGGUAGAAGAAGCACCGAAAUGUGCAUUGAAGACGCGGCUGCAAUUCCACCUGUCACACAAGCUGGGCGACGAGGAUUCCCUGAUGCGCGCCCACGCAGCCCUUCGCGACGUACCCGAAGACCAGCUCAGCCUGGCCUCGGUUCAUUACCUGCGCGCCCACUACCAAGAAGCUAUAGACGUUUACAAGAAACUCUUAUUGGAUAGACGAUACAAAAGAUAUGAACGAAACGACAUGGAUUGGAUUAAAAUUUUAUGUCACACUUCAGGUACAUACAUGGCCCUGAACGUGUACGUAGCACUGUGCUACUACAAGCUAGAUUACUACGACGUGUCGCAGGAGGUGCUCGGGGUGUACCUCGCACAACACCCCACUUCCACCGUCGCUGGCAACUUGAAGGCGUGCAACUUGUUCAGAUUGUACAAUGGCAAAGCAGCAGAAAACGAACUGAAACAAAUAUCGUCUGAACAGCACACAUUCGGUCAGGACUUGGUCAAACACAAUCUAGUCGUGUUCAGGAAUGGAGAAGGAGCUUUGAAGGUGUUGCCCGAAAUGGUGGACGUGGUGCCCGAGGCACGCCUCAACUUAGCCGGCUACAGGCUGCGGACACGGGAACCUCUGGAAGCUCGAGCACUGCUCGAACCACUACAGCCCACUUCACCGCUCCACUACAUACUGAGGGCCGUCGUCGCCGUGCGUCUCUACAACGACACCGGGGAUGAAGAACAGAUGAAACUGGCACAGCAGAGCUUCCACCUGGUGGGUAGUUCCGCGUCGGAAUGUGACACGAUACCUGGCCGCCAGUGCAUGGCGUCCUCGUACUUCCUCGCGUCGCAGUUUGAGGAGGUGCUCGUCUACCUCAACUCCAUCAAGAGUUUCUUCGUUAACGACGAUACGUUCAACUUCAAUUAUGCACAGGCCAAAGUAGCAACGGGUUUCUAUCGCGAAGCAGAAGAAUGUCUCCUAGGCAUUCAGGAUGAGAGUAUCCGCGGCUCCUUCACAUACUUGGCAUGCCUGUGCCGGUGCCACGUUAUGAACAAGGACGCGCAUCUCGCUUGGGAGAUUUGUGUGAAGACGGCCGGUACUCCGGACAGCUUCGCGUUGCUGCAACUAGUGGCGAAUGACAGCUACCGCAUGGGACAGUUCCUGGUGGCUGCUAAGGCGUUUCACAUGUUAGACAGACUUGACGGUGGGCCGGAGAUGUGGGAGGGCCUACGCGGCGCAGCUUGCGGGUGUGCCCAAGCGGCUGCAGCAGGAAAGCCGCGCGCCGCCGCCGACCUCGCCGAUGCGCUUGCGCUGCUCAAAGGUCCCCGAGCUCAUCCGAGGGCGGAUCACAUAGUCCGGCCGAUAGUGAAGUGGGCACAGCAAAAUCGGAUACCUAUCUGAUUUCAAGGUAUUCUAUGAUGUCAAUCUCUAGAGUCAGUUAUAGACAUAACACACAACAACUUAGGAUUAUUUUUUGUAAUAAAGUUUUAAAAAUAGA